CCAGUCCGUGACUGCAGAACAAGCACUUGCCCUUAUACUUACAUACAGUGGAACUGACCUCACUUGUCAUUAUUAUUAUUAUUUAGUAAUAAGGACAUAGCAGCAGCAGCACCAUGUCUCUUGCGGCAGAGGCGUUCGUGUCGCAGAUGGCAGCUGCUGAGCCUUGGCCUGAAAAUGCAACCUUGUACCAGCCGCUGAAGGAUGAUCAGAUUCUGCUGUCAGACUGUGCCUCAUCUCUGGCUGUUCAGGCCUACCUCAGAAUGUGCGGUUUACCAGUGCAGGUGGUUUGCAGAGCAAAUGCUGAAUACAUGUCACCCUCUGGUAAGAUUCCCUUUAUUCAUGUGGGGAACCAGGUGGUGUCAGAACUCGGGCCAAUAGUGCAGUUUACCAAAGCUAAGGGUCAUUCUCUGAGCGAUGGUUUGGAUGAUGUUCAAAGAGCUGAAAUGAAAGCAUACAUGGAGCUGGUCAACAACAUGCUGCUUACUGCUGAGCUGUACAUCCAGUGGUGUGACGACCCUACAGCUGCUGAGAUUUCUCGUCCCAGAUACAGCAGUCCUUACUCGUGGCCCCUGAGUAACAUCCUCGCCUAUCAGAAGCAGUGGGAGGUUCGCAGGAAGAUGAAUGCCAUCGGCUGGGGAGGGAAAACCCUGGAUCAGGUUUACGAAGAUGUGAGUCAGUGCUGCCAGGCUCUCUCCCAGAGGCUGGGAACACAACCCUACUUCUUUAAUAAACAGCCCACAGAGCUGGAUGCACUGGUGUUCGGUCACCUCUUCACUAUACUGACAACCAGACUGACCAGCACUGAGCUGGCAGAGAGGAUCAAGAGCUACAGCAACCUGCUGUCGUUCUGCAGACGUAUCGAACAGACCUACUUUGAAGACAAAAACUCUUGAAGGACUGAAAAUAACCUCUGUGUCUCUGUAUUAUCACAUCUUGUACAUUCUGUCCUUCUGUCUCUCAUUCCCUCCCUGUAGCUCUGAGAAGCUAAAAACUGCUUUUAUUCACA